AUGAGUUUAUGCUUAUUCACGCCUUCGGGAUAUAGCAAGCCAGCGAUCGAAGGGUCCCAAGCUAGCCAAAUAUUGGAACAGGUUCUUGACGGCGGCUUCGAUACCGCAGGAACCUGUUCCAGUAACCUUCACGAUCAUAAUCGCCGGAAGGACACCGAAAGAGACCUUUCAAGUGAUGUGACCGGUAGUCCGCAGGCUUCUCGUUAUCAAUAUUUCGGUCUUGAUGCGACUCAAACGGAUACGCAGCUCCUUGACGAGGAUGAAGUAGAUGAAGGGUUGCUGAGAGGCAACAAGCGGAGCUUUCCUGUGAAAGCAAUGAAGGGGGUCCAAGAACCUACCAACGCUGGCCCUAAGAAUACUAGGUUCCAACCGGUCAAAGCUGCCUCGCCAUCCAAAGUCGAGCCCCCCAUCAGCAAGACGCGCUCUUCACCCUUACCCCGAGCCACCAUCCCUGCCAAAGAAACCAAUACCAACCUGCCUUCCCAUCGAAAUUCUCCACGGGUUCGCCGUGGUACGUACCCUGCGCUCGACGCAGAUUCUCAAGAUUCGUUCAUCGGGGCGUUCGAGGACAGUAUUGAUCCAGCCGCUCGCUACAUUCAGGGCGCUGAACAAUUGAACGUCCCUUUGUCUCAGCUGGCACGCAUCGCAGAAGAGCGCGAAGCAAUGCUCCAGAAGAUGGGACGCGGAAUCCUGAUACGACGCGUUCACACUCCUUCUCCGCCUCCGGCCUCUCCGCCCCAAGGGAGAGUCCUGGUUGACUCGACUCCCUCAAUAUCAGGAUCCCAAGAAGAAGCGUUGAACCACAAUAGAAAUGAUGAUUAUGAUUACGGACAAGCACAGGAGCCUGAUAUGGACGUUGAUCUAAAUAUGCAAGAACCAAGUCAACUUUCCAGUGAAGUAUCAGCACCCUCUUCAUCUCUAUAUGAUUAUAUCAACGCCCUCGACAAUGGAAUGGAUACCAACGAUCCGCCUGAGGCAGAGCCACUUGUCGCUACACAACCUAUGGAUUUCGCCGACACCACCCAUUUCACCGACACCACUCAGGCUUCUUCAGACAGGACUCCGAUUGUCUCCCAAGUUGAAAGACUACCUGAGGGCGCCAUCGCCCUCAGGAUCACAAAAUACCUGGCCCAACUUUCUCCUGAGGAGGAGAUUUCGAAAUCAGCCCAUCGUCUCUUAACGUUUGUUGACUGGAGUAAAUUAUGGCGCUAUGAUUAUGACAUACGACCUCUCUUCGAGCUUGCCCAAAGUCUUGGCCUCUACCAAACUGCCUUUGACGCUGCCACCAAAAUGCUGAAGGAGGAGGAUGAAGCAGCGGAAGCUGCGCGCCUUGCGGGUGGCCCUUCGCGCCAGCCAGCUUAUCAAGAAACUCAGCCAUCGAACGAAGGCGACGGUGAUGGCUACGGUGACGGCCCUUCUGCAGCCCAAGCCGAAACGCAACCGUCCACAGUAGAAGAAACUCUCCCUCGGCGGCGCGGCUUUCCGUCACGACCAAAGGCUUUCCAGCGUAUCCCACCUACUGAUUCCACCACAGAUAACACCGUUCCCGACUCGGAGCCAUUGAGACAGGAUACGCAACCCCCUGCUCCUGCAUCGAGUGCAGUCACCAAGUCCCCCGCUAUCCAGAAACGCAACAUAUUCCGUCAGGGGGAGCCUGAUUUCCACCCCAAUUCUGAAGAGAUAGUACCCGAUUCGGUUGAAAUGGACGUUGACACAACUGCUGCGCGCACGGAUGACGACGAAGACGACGAAGACGAUAUGCCGCUUGCCAAAAUGACCUUGAACAAAGGGAAGGAGCUCCAGCGCAGCAAGAAGGAAACCACCAUGCCUCCGCCUGCCGUGCCGAAGAAACCAACCUCCAAGGCCAAAGGGAAACAAAGGGCUAUCUCGCCUGCCGCUAGACAAACUAGGCAAACGAAACCAGCACCUGGGUAUCUCCUUGGUUCGUGGGAGAACGGAAUUGUUCCUUCUUCCCUUCCAGAGCAAGAUGGUGUUGGGAAGAAGGAUGCGCCAGUCCAGCCCAAAGCACCUGCGAAAGCAAAGGCCAUUCGGGCUCUGCCCAAAGCUACCGCGUCGAAGGUAGCUUCUUCGUCCAAGACGAAACAAGAGGCUGUCCGCCAGGAACUCAGCCCGUUGUCAGACCUGACUGAGGACCACAUUCUAAAGGUCGACCACGGAGACGACGCCAGCACGGAACCAGCCUACGACGGUGAUGAAUACGAGGAGCCAGUCGAAGAUAAAACCAAUAAAAAGAGAAAACGAAGAGAUUCUGGUUCGACCGCAAAAUCUGGCAUCAAGGCCGCUCCCAAGCGUGCUAAGAAGACAAAGAAACCAGAGACUCCCGCCGCCGUUCGCGCAAAGUCGCUGCGUUCCAGUGCUCCCGCGAGUAGCAGCCGUAUUGGCGGCAAGCCUACUCGUGUAUAUGCCUUGUGGAAGACUGAGGCUCACUACUUCCUGGGAACCGUCCAUUCCAUGAAGCCCCAUGGAAAAUACUUGAUCAAGUUCGACGAUGGGACGGAAGCGGACGUGACCUUGGACCAGAUGCGACUUGCACAAUUAAAUGUCGGGGAUGAAGUCGCUCCGAUUGGGUUCAAGAAGAAAACCUGCAAGGUCGUUAACGUCGAUGACCAACAUAACACGGAGGUGGUUACCAUUAAGCUUGAUGGGGAAGAAGAAGAAAUGAAAAGAGCAGACAUCACCAUUCACAUGAAGACCAUCAACUACGCCUGGAAAGACCGAAAGUUGACUUCGGACACGGUUGUUACAAAACUGAAGCAUCCACAACCUUCGCCUUCUCGGUUAUCUAUCAGCAGCACCGCGGGCCCUCGCCCUACGUCCAGCGUGCUCUCGGAAUACGGCAUCGUCAUCACUUUGAGCCCGGGCUCGACAAUGACCAAAGACAAGAUCGCCAAUGCGGUACGAGGAGGAGGGGGCGCCGUGAUCGACGACUGGACGACUGUUCUGAGUUUGGAUGGGAAGUAUGAUAGGGAUGGUCGACGUUGGGUGAUCACACAAGGCGAGAUUGCAUGGAUCGGCAAUAUUGAUCAGACCAGAAAGGUUUUCUUGGUAUCCGAUGAAUGCAAUGAAAAGCCACGGUAUCUAGUAGCUGUCGCUCUUGGUGUUCCAUGUCUCUCCUACAGAUGGGUGGAGGCAUGUAUCAAAGAGGACAUGGAAAUAGAAUGGGCACCCCACCUUCUUGCGCAAGGAUUCGUGGAGCCUUUGGAAGCCAAUGUCAGCCAAUUCGUCGACACCCUUUGGUGCUCUACCAGCGAGCAUCUUCGUCACAUCAUGGACAACAAAGUUCCCCACAAGAUCCUCAAAAACAAGACUGCUCUCUGUGUGGGCAGGGACCUUAUCCCUGUCCAAGGAAAGACUGAUGUUCCUGGAAGCCAUUUCAUUGGCCAGAUCCUGGUGUGCAUGGGUGCAAAACGUGUGGAGGCCGUCGCCGAUUUGAAUGACGCGUCCAGGCAAGCUACGGAGUAUGACCUAGUCGUCAUCAAAGAAAGUACGAACUACCGGGACGACCUCGACGGAGCUACUGUCGUCGACACCCAGUGGGUGAAGUACUCGUUGCUUGCGGGAAGGAUGUUGCCUCUCCCCGAGUGGUCCCGUCCUUGA